AUUAACUCUGAGAAAACCGGCCAGUCCCUCCUCGGCCUUUCCGAUUCUUGAUUGCCCUACCUCUCCCCGAUGAGAUAAACCGAUCCCGGUAAUGGUAUCCGCGCCAUCCGCCCCUCCCAUUCGAUCAUCAGGUUGGCGUUCGUCCAGCUGUAGCUGCAGUACGAUCCAGGAAGCGGAGGAGAGGGAGCUGCGAUGGUGAAGGACACCGCGUACUACGACACCUUGGGGGUCAGCACCGACGCCUCCGCCGCCGAGAUCAAGAAGGCGUAUUACCUCAAGGCCAAGCUGGUUCAUCCGGAUAAGAAUCCCGGGAACCCUGAUGCGGCGAGGAAGUUUCAGGAAUUAGGUGAGGCCUAUCAAGUCCUAAGUGAUCCUGCGAAAAGGGAUUCUUAUGAUAAGCGUGGAAAAGAAGGUCUAUCCCAGGAUAACAUGAUUGACCCGACUACUGUCUUUGGGAUGCUUUUUGGGAGCGACUAUUUUGAAGAUUAUGUUGGUCAGCUUGCACUGGCAUCCGUGGCUUCGGUGGAGAUCGAGGAAGAUGCGGACACUCCGGAGGCAAGGGCAAGGGCUCAAGAGAAAAUAAAGGCCUUGCAAACGGAAAGAGAGCAGAAACUUAUUCUGAGCCUUACAAAUCGAAUUCAACCAUACGUCGAUGGAAAACACAAGGAAUUUGGUGAUUGGGCAAGUGCAGAAGCUGAACGCUUGUCUCAAGCUGCUUUUGGUGAGGCUAUGCUUCACACCAUUGGCUACAUAUAUGUUCGACAAGCAGCAAGAGAACUUGGAAAAAGUAAAAUGUAUAUGGGCGUGCCAUUCAUUGCUGAGUGGGUAAGAGACAAGGGCCACCAUGUAAAGUCACAGGUUAAUGCAGCUGCAGGUGCAAUUGCCCUGAUACAAUUGCAAGAGGGGAUGAAAAAGAUUGAGGAUGGUGACAACAAGGAAGAGCAGCUACUGAAGAGUAUUGAGGAGAAAAAGGAUGCCAUGCUCAAUUCUUUGUGGAAAAUUAAUGUUGUUGACAUUGAGUCAACGCUAUGGCGUGUCUGUCGAGCAAUUUUUCACGUUAUCGUGGUACUUCUUUUUCUAGUUUUUGAGAGAGAAUACUGUCUCCAAAGAUGUUCUGACGUCGCGAGCAAAAGGAUUGAAAAAGCUGGGGACAAUAUUCCAAGGCGCGAAAUCACCCUACCAUCGCGAGAACAGCUUGCGUGUUGAAUCUCGCACGGUGGAAGAGACGCCGUCGCACUGAUCGGGAUGUAUCCUGUGCCACCAGCGACAUCCCACGGCUGAGCUUUUCUUCAGGGGAUCGUCUAGAGUCCAUGGUGGUUCUUUCUUGUGAUCUGUAUAAACUCGAGGCAUCAUUCAGGACAUCUUGCUGUGGUAGUACUAUUUGUUGCCCUGCAACAUGUUGAUAUCGAUGUUCUUGGAAAAAUCAUGUCGAUAUCGAUUAAAGGGUAAUAAUAUUUCAGGCACCGUCUAUAUUUCAGAAUAUCAGCAAGUUUAGCGGUAA